AUGGGUAACAUAGAAAGCGCUGAAGGGGAGAAUCUUCCAGAGUUAAAAAAAAUGAAACUCAUUUCUGAUAAAGGGGUUUAUAAAGUGUUUGAGAGCCCUGAGAACAAUAAAUACGAUUUCUGGUCGCUUAAGUCUAAAGACUACCCUUUUGAAGAGGAAAAUAAAAUAGCUUUAGAAUUAAAAAAUAGGGAUUCGAUCGGAAUAGCGAAAAUUGAAAACAUUAUGUUAACCUCUGUUGACAAACUAUUUUCAAAGUACUAUAUCUUGAGCAUUUUAACUGAACAUCCCCUAUACAAUCUAAGAGAAUAUUUAUAAAAGAAGGCAAAAGAUUAAAGUUUAGAUUAAAAAUAAAUCACAGACCUUUUAACUUGUGUGGUAAAUGCAUAAUACUUGCUUGGAUCGAAGAAGCAAUAUCUGGGCUUUGAUAACAUUCAUACUAAUGAUGGUAAAUCUUGGAAGAUCAAACCGUUUGUUCAGACAAAAUCAUUCUAUUAAGAAAUACAAGAGUAUAAGUCAAAAAAUUUACGUAAUUUUGACUUGUCAGGCUUCCCAUCACCAGAGGAAUUCCAUUAGAACAAUUGCGACCCUGAUAGAGUAUAAAUCUUUGGGUUGGGAAUGCUAAUUUUAGAGUUGAUCACAAGAAUGAAAAGCAAAGAUAUAUAUUCAAAAUUUCAGAUCAACGAAGCUCUGCUUGCUCAACGGAUAGAGAACCUCAUGACUUAUAAAAAACAAUUUACAGGAAGAUUUAUUGAAUUAAUAAUUGAGAUGUUAGAUUUAGACAUAGUUAGAAGACCUAAUUAUUAUCAGUUGUAUACUAAGUUGUCCUCAAAUGAGUCAAAAAUUGAGUCUGAGUUUAAAGAUCCUUUAGUUUAACCAAUUGAUGAAACUAUUACUAUUAAAUCUAAUCUUUUCAAACCACCUAGUUAAAAAAUAGAUGAUCAUCAUAUUAUUGACGCAGUUUCUAAUAUUUAAUAGUCAGGAAACAAUAAAUUUGAUUAUCAUUAAGUCACUGCUAGUAAAGCAUAGUUGCCUUAAGUCAGUAAAGUAGAUGACAAUCUUCAAUACAUCGGUAGUAGUUAUGAAGGAUAACGUCAUGGAAAGGGCAAGCUAUUUACAUAAGGUAAUUAGCUGGUUUACGAAGGAGAUUUUCAUUAAGGAGACUUUCAUAAUACAGGCAAAUUCUAUAACUUGAAAGCUCAAAUGUUGAAAGAGAACUUCUAUUAUAAUGAUUGCACUAAAAUAGAUCAAUAUGCAUCGAAGUAUGAAGGAUCAUUUUAAUUUGGAAAGAAACACGGAUAAGGCAAGUUAUUUUUAACUAAUGGAGAAAUUUUCAUUGGAAGAUUUGCUAAUGAUUUGAUAGAUGGGUAAGGGAAAUUUGAACUAAAUAAUUAAAUAAAGUUUUCAGGAGUCUGGGAGUCAGGCAGAUUGUUAUCUAAUAAUUAACAAUAGCAAUCAUUUUAAAAUCAUAAUCCUUCAUAUAAUGAACAAUUUGAAGGUAUAAGCAAAUUGGAUACAAAGAGAAGUUAAUAAUUCGACACUUAAGCACUUGGGGAUACUUAAACUCAUAAUGUCCUCUCCGAUAUUAAAUAGGAAAAUGAAUCGCGAUUAUAUUAUGAUGAUAAUAAAACCUAGAUUAAAUAUGUUGGAAGUGUGAAUCAAGGUUUAAAACAUGGAAAAGGGAUAUUGUAUUUCAAAAAGGGGGGGCCUUAAUAUGAAGGACAUUUUAAGAACGAUUAAUAUGAUGGCUAGGGAAUACUCUAUAAUGAAAAUCCAGUGUUUGAAGAUUAGAUUAAUUACUCACUACUAAGAGAAGUGCAGAUUAAAGGCUAUUGGAGGACUUAUAAGGGAGAAUUUAAAAAUGGGCAAAAAUGCGGACAAGGAAUUUGGGAUUUGACUAACAACGCCGAAUUUGAGGGCUUUUUCGAUAUGGAUCUUCCGAAUGGAGAAGGUUAUAUAAAGAGAACAAAUCAUGAUUACUUUACAGGGAAGUGGGAGAAUGGAGAAUUAACAAUGGUGAUUUCUGGUAAAUUAUGA